AUGACUGACAUGGAUGAUAUGAAUCGAGCGAUCCGUGCAUCCAAUAUGAAAUGGAUGCGAUUUGGUAAACGAUCACCAAGUGUUAAAUGGAUGCGUUUUGGUAAGAGGGCACCGAACGUGAAGUGGAUGAGAUUCGGUAAACGUUCGUCAUCGCCGUCAUCAUCUUCUCGUCUUGUCGAUAACUUCGACGAAUUCGAACAGUGA